AUGACUUUAUCGUGUCAGGACAAGGCAGCCCUCGACAAUGUGAACGUGGCAACUUCCUGGCGCUAUUUCCACGAUUACGGGUUUGACGACCUCCAUAGUGGCUUGCGAGGCUUCCUAUUCGUUUUGAUGGAUGAGGAAUCCAUCGAUCACCUAUCUCAAGCUCCGAGUCGGGAUGAUAUGGCACGCAUGCCGGGCAUCGAACGCGCCAGGGUCUCAUGGGAAUAUUUUAUCAAAGUGGUUGAUACAGAGCCAGGUUGCGACGGAGAUGGAGAGUACGUUGAUGGGGUCUCGGAAGACCCAUAA